CCUCGAAGCGGUUUACGUGGCUUCAUGCCCUCAUCAUCACUCACCAUUCCUCACCAUUUCAUCCUGGCAUUCCAAUUCGUUGCAAGUAUAUGAAUUCUCACAAUUCCAAGUUUCACAAAAACAAAACCUGCUACUCAAGCAAACCAAACUCAUCUAUCAACCAUGGGCAACUCUACCUCUUCCCCCAAGACCGACAAGGCUUUGAUGGCUAUGCUGGACAAGAACAGCAAGAAGCAGAGCCGACGCAGCAGCACUGCUAAAGGACGCAAAAGUGGCAGCAAAAAGACUCAUUCUGAGGACCCUUUGCUUGCCAAAGUUCUUGAAAGUUGUGAUCUCAAGGAUAUUCUGUCCAUGAUCAAUGAACUCAAGAAGGAUGAGGAAGGUCAAAAUCUCCUCAAUGAGUUUGUCAAGGCUCAGGCCAGCGAAGCUUCCACCAGAGAAUCCUCGGAAAUACUGGAGCUUUUGGACGCAGAAGAAAGAUCUUCUGCCAAGUUUCCCAUCUCCGAGAUCCGAAUCGGAAGGGCUGCAUAAUGGGUAUGCGCAGACCACCACCACCACCACUUGUACUGUACAAAGCAAACCUCCUGUAUCAUAAUAUGAGGAACAUCACCAUGACCUUCCGCUCUCGAACCACCUUCUUCACAUAACUUGGUCAUAAUAACACAACGUAAACUAAUCACUCAGGGAAACUAAUACUAACUAAUGCCACAACACAUACC